UGCCAGGCUCCUCCAGCACGCUCCCAUGGACAUCACCAUCCACAACCCCCUGGUGCGCAGACCCCUCCUCUCCUGGUUGUCUCCCAGCCGGAUCUUUGACCAGAUUUUCGGGGAGCAUCUGCAGGAGUCAGAGCUGCUCCCUGCUUCCCCCUUCCUGAUGAGAUCCCCCCUCCUCCGGCUGCCCAGCUGGCUAGAGACAGGACUCUCUGAGAUGAGACUGGAGAAGGACAAAUUUUCUGUAAAUCUUGAUGUGAAGCAUUUCUCUCCUGAGGAGCUCAAAGUGAAGGUUCUUGGGGACAUGAUAGAAAUUCACGGGAAACACGAGGAGCGCCAGGAUGAGCACGGCUUCAUUGCCAGGGAGUUCAACAGGAAAUACAGGAUUCCAGAUGAUGUGGACCCUCUGACCAUAACAUCAUCUCUCUCCCUGGAUGGGGUCCUGACCGUGACUGCACCAAGGAAGCAAAGUGAGGUCUCUGAGCGCUCCAUCCCCAUCACCAGGGAAGAGAAACCUGCCCUUGGAGGAGCCCAGAGGAAGUAAGCUGCUAUUUAAAGUCCCCCUGAGGGGCCAUUGAAGAGCACUUUUCACCAGAAGCCAGCUUUACCAAAUGGGUACUCUUAUUAUUUAUGCUGAGUAAGUUUACUAACAAAUAAACCAUGAAUAAGC